CAUGCAGCUCUGCCUCACCCUGCUCCUCCUGGCGGGGCUGUCUGCAUGUACUGUGGCAGGGGACAAGGAACUGGCACUCGACGCUGAAGCAAGGUCCUGGGUAACCGUGACCCUGGAGGAAAAUGCUGUUCCCAGCAUUCAGCUCCAGCCCCGGGAGGUGAAGAGGGGCAAAGCCAGCCAGUUCUUUGGGCUGAUGGGGAAGCACGUGGGAGGAAUACCUCCCAACCAGCCAGAGAGAGCAGGGUAUCUGCGAGGACCAGUGGUCCAGGGCCUCCUGGACAGGGGACGACCAUCUACAGAAGCACUCUUCCCAGGCAGAGAGGAUGAGGACCACGGGUCAGAGUGAGAGCCCCCACCACACGCUUCCCAGACGACGAACCCCCCCCUUUCUCCCUACCUGGACAUUAUAACGAACCAGCUGGCCAGGCCAGCUCUCUUCUCCGUGUCUCCUGUGCUCAACGCCGGUGUGUCCCUCCCACCAGGCCCUCACUGAACUCACUGGGGCUCCUCCCAGGACUCUUGGUCUCAAUCGGCGGUCAUGCAUAAAUUCCCUGUUGUCACCACUGUGAGCAAAUGACCCUGCCCACCUCCACCCCCAGCACUCAGCUCUCCUCUCACUGCAUAGCAGGACUGAGCCUCCCCACUCCUGUCUCCCGUGCCCAGGGCCACAUCAGGGGCUCAAUAAACCAAUGAGUAGUGAAUGGUUUCUUCUCUGGUUCUGGGGCAGAGGGCGGGGAUGGCCUGGGCUCUGCACCCUGCCCGGCGGCCUGGCACGUCAGCAGGCCGGGAGGCCUUUUCCAGAGUUGUAAAGGGAAAUCUCAAACGGCCGUGGUUCUACCCGAAGGUGGGAAGACAGGCUUGGGACAUUGGUAAGGGCGACACCCCCUCCCUACCUACCGUCAUAGCCUCAAGGACCCAAAUCCAUGUGUCUUUGGACUUGGA